GUGAGCCGCUGUCCUGCAAGUGAAGGAAAACAAGCAAAGAGAGGAGACGUCCCGGAGUUCCCUCUGCCCCCCAGUCACCAGUCAAUGCCACCGGCGGUGGCCCCGGAGCCCCAGUCUCCAGGAUGUCCCAGCUCUCCUCCCCGCUGAAGCGCUAUGGAGACACGUCCCACUACCCUGCCGUCUACAGUAAAUCCCCCAUCAUCUACGGCUCCUACUCCUCCUACGGCUCUAGCUUCGCCACCUCUUACCCAGACAAGGACAGGGUCAGCUUCAAGCCGAGCCCCCCCAGCAGCUACUUGGCCUCCGGCCAGCUGCAAACCUCGGGCGCCUCCCCGAGCAGUAGCUACGAUGCGGGCCAGCUGGCGCUGCGCCCAGAGUCCAGCAUCCAGCUGAGCCCGGGCUAUGGCCACACACUAGCCAGGCCUCUGGGCAUUGGGGGCCUGAGCAGGGGAGCAUGCUACCCCUUCACCGGUACGUCCAUCAGCCCCACCAGCUACAUGGCGACACUGUCCGUGCUCAGCCACAAGAAGUCCAGCAGCCACUCGGACCUGAAACAGGAGUUCACCAGGCUGCACGCCUCCGAACCUUACCGCCUGGACUUACCCCCCCACACCCCACUCCUUGCCCGCAACCGCCAGGAGCUCUGCGCCCUGCAGAGCCUGUAUCAGGCCGCCAGCCACUCCGAGUACGUCAAGGAGUACCUGGAGUCCUGCAGCAGGAAGGGCAGCCGCACCCCCGGCUGCCCCCGCAGUCCCACCAAGAAGCAAUCACCCUAUGUUCCGGCCCAGCAGCCGCUGCGCCAGCCAGCCGUGGGAGAGGAGUGAGAGCCGGACAGACUCCCCAGCGAGGGACCCCUCGAACUCCAAGACGGUGCAGGGUCUGACCGGCCUCCGUAACCUUGGAACACG